GAUUUGUUUUAAGCCUUUCACUGCCCAGCAACCGCCACCGUGGAGGCUGGACCUAAUCGCUGCGCAAAUAGAGUGGCGCGAUUUGUUGCCGUUGGUUCGCAACUGAAUUUUUUGUUUUCCUGGAUACUACUUUGGACUAUCUGCGAUGCGAUGAUACGACGUGAGUUUAUCAGUUAAACGUGAGAGAAUGGCAUCAACGGAGGAUGGUCAUAAAAGUGUCCGGAUGUGUGAAGAAUUUCUCAAUCUAAAUCUUUACGACAGCUUACGGGUUGUUAUCUAGCUGAUAGGUUGGGGGAGAAACUUCAAACAGUUUAUGACCUAGAGCCAAACGGUGGACUACAUUUCUGGAGCAAGUGCGAUGCGAGAUGCAUACGCGAUACAACCCAACCCUGCUCUUUGUGUCGCAUGUUGCUCGGUUCAAAAGGUAUCAUCCUAACGUCGCACCUGUGGGGUUACGUGGCGGACACUAAAGGGCGCAAAAAUGUGAUCAUCCUGUCGCUGGCAAUCACCACGGUCUGUUCGCUGGCCUCAAGUAUGGCGAGUGAUUUUGUUACGAUGGCGAUACUGCGUUUCUUGGUCGGAAUGUGCAUCUCGGCACCAUCGGCCGCUAUCUACGCCUACUUGGGCGAGUUUACGAAAACGUCACAGCGCACCAUGAUGAUCUCCUUUGCCAGUGUUGCCGUUGGGCUAUCGUACGUCUUCACCGGGACUCUGGGAUGGCUGGUUCUUCCCUCUGACUGGCGCGUCGACCUGUGGAGUAUCGUAGAAUUUCGACCCUGGCGCCUGUUGAUCAUUCUGUUCUCCCUGCCCGGGGCGAUCGGAGCCGUCUGGUUGGUGUUUCUACCGGAAAGUCCAAAGUUUCAUCUGUCUCAGGGUCGAGAUGAUAAGGCACUGCAGAUUCUUCGCAAAAUGUAUUGUGAGAGUCAUCCGGAUGUGGAUGUGAACGACUUUCCCGUUAAACGAAUCACUCCGGAAGUAGGCGCAGAUGAUGUAGUCGGAUCCCGGGGGAAUCUGCUGGCGGUUUUACGCAAUAUGUGGGACCAAACGGUGCCGCUAUUCCAGCGGCCAAACUUGCUCUAUUUCACCGUGUGUUGCGCUCUGCAGUUUGGGAUGUUCUUCGUUUCCGCUGGCAUGGGUCUCUGGUAUCCGGAGAUCGUCAAUCGAGUGACGUCGGUUGGAGCAGACAGUACGGAAGCUAUCUGCGAUGUUCUGGAGGGGACGAAUGAUCCGGAUGAGGAUUUUAUAUUUUACAGUGAGAAUCACUGCAACGAUCAGAUGACGCAGGAUGUCUUUGUGUAUGUGAUUGCACUGGGCACGAUCUACACUGUAUUGUAUCUCAUAAUUUCCGCUGCCUUGCGGAAGAUCCAUCGAGGACACAUAAUAUUUUUCAAUCUUCUCAUGUCGGGAAUCUCCGGGAUGCUGCUGGUUUUUAUUGACGAUCCCUAUUUAGUACUGGUGCUAUUCUGUUCGUUCAUGGUUUUCGCCGGAAUUUCCAUUUCGUUGGUCAACGGAGCUGCCGUGUCGUUGUUUCCCACGAACGUUCGAGCGAUGGCCGUUUGUUUAAGUUUAAUGAUGGGUCGGCUCGGAAGUGUCGCCGGUACUAACCUAAUCGGAUUGAUUAUUGAACGGAAUUGUAAUCUCACAUUUGUCUUAUUCGCUGGAUGCUCCCUGAUAGGAGCAGUGCUGACACUGGUUCUUCCGAGUCGGUGACCUUUCCAUGGCCCUUUUAACGUCUGACUGAAAUAAUUGUUCGUAAUAAACGUUCUACACCUG